AUGCUGAUUUCCGUCUUUCAGGUCAACGUUCCCAAGACCCGCCGAACCUACUGCAAGGGCAAAGACUGCAAGAAGCACACCCAGCACAAGGUCACCCAAUACAAGGCAGGAAAGGCCUCUCUGUUCGCACAGGGUAAGCGUCGUUAUGACCGCAAGCAAUCCGGUUACGGAGGUCAGACCAAGCCCGUCUUCCACAAGAGGGCGAAAACCACCAAGAAGGUCGUUCUCCGUCUAGAGUGCACUGCUUGCAAGACCAAGGCACAGCUUGCCCUUAAGCGAUGCAAGCACUUCGAGCUUGGUGGUGACAAGAAGACCAAGGGUGCUGCUCUUGUCUUCUAA